AUGACGCAGACCCUUCCGCAGGAAAAGGCACCCCUGUCUCCAUCCCGCUUGACAAGGCAAUCGACCUCCACGCUCAAGACUCGUGAGAAAGCAGCGGCCAUCCGCAAGAGCUUCCAGCGCCCGAAGUUCUGGGUGACGGGCUUUGGCUGGUGCCUGGCCGCGUGCGCGGGCGCCGCCAACACCAUUGCCUUCAAGUGCUGGAGCCUCUACGCGUCCCAUGUGACCGGCAGCACGUCAGCCAUGGCGUUCCGUCUGGAAGGCUAUCAGCAAGAGGAGAAUGGCUCCGAGACGCUGAGAGAGGCCUGCUCUCUGGUGUUCUCAUUUCUAGCAGGGGCAUACGCGUGUGGUCUCCUCAUCGACAAAAACCAGGUUCACUUUAUGGGCAAGGCGUUCUACGGCCUGGCUCUUGUUCUGAACUCCAUCCUCUUGAUCAUUGCAGCCUUCAUCCCGGGUCGCCUGGUGCCCAUAUGCUUUGUUGCCGCGGCCAGUGGCCUGCAGAAUGCCAUGUGCACGUCGCACUUCGGCGCCAUCAUCCGCACGACGCACGUCACCGGGACGGUCACGGACAUCGGCUCCACAAUGGGUCGGAUCAGCAUGAUCUACCUCAGGAAGGCCUGCCGCUGCGCCUCUUUGAACGAAGUCGAACGUGCUGAGAUCGGCGUGGAUGCGCGGAAGUUGGCUGUUCUUGCCGGGUUGUGGUCCUUCUACCUGACCGGGGGCCUCAUCGGAAUUUACAUGGAGAAUGUGAUUCCGGGUCCCCAAGCACUGCUUGUACCAGCCUCCGUCACUGGCAGCAUUGGCCUGUUCUACAUGGCAUGCCGCCAGCUGCUCAAGGACUACAUCAAGACGCUGGAGCAGGACCGCUUCUCGGCAGAUCUCAAAGAGGCGCAGGAUGCCUUGGCCCACAUGGGCACGAGGCUCCACGACUUGGAGGCUGCAGACGACAAGCUGGUUGUCGAGUUGGACGCGGAGAUGGGCCACAUGAUCGAGGCCCUGCACGAAGUGGAGGCCGACUUCGAGAAUGUCUACGGAGAGCCGGGUCGGGAUCCUGCGCGACAGGCGCGCCCAAGCCUGAAGCAUUCACCCCCCUUCCAGACCUCACAAAGCGCCGGGAGCCGCGCGUAA